CGAGAGAGUGAGCUGGAAAGCUCCAAUCUGCGCGCUGCCAAGAGCUCUGCUAUAGCAGAGCUGCACCCCCGCUCUGCUCCGACGAUGCGCAUUGGCCUCCUUAGCUUGGGUGACAGGAAUGUGCUGGUACGCGAGAGGCCACACAAACACCCCAGCCCUCCUGCAGAGCACGACCAGGGACGGACAUCAGCAUCACUGCCGUGCUUUCCCUUUUGCUGCUGUGUAGGCUCGAGCGUGGGUGCAGCAGCUCAAGAGCGUGCUGGUGACGCGUUUCCAGUCGCAUCCGAGGAUACAGCUAUCUUUCGGGGAGGGCGUGCCUUCCUCCGUCCCGACAGACGUCCUCCUGCUCCUCCAUGACAGGCACACCGACGCACAACCAGAUGCUGAGCCACGGCUAGCAGAUGGUACGUGUACGAUGCUCACAUGGAGCUCAUCUUACACUGUGUGUAUCGGUUUGUGUGCCUGGCUGCAGCCGUCUCUCCUGAUGCGCUGGCGUUGCACAAGCCUGUUGUGGUGCUGUUGCUGUACGGCCCGCGCGAGACCGCGGCAGGCGAUGAGGCGGCUGCCUGUGACGCCAUUACGGGGGCAGAGGUGGCUGAGGUGCUUCGGGUCAACCUGCGCAAGCCGGAAGGCUGCAUCGGGGGCAUCCUGCAGAUGGACCGGGAGACCGAGGAGAGCAUCGAUCGCAUCGCAAGCCUGCUCGACUCCCUCGCCCCGCCCCUCGCCAGCAGCCCAUUCGGACAGCCAUCAGGGCCGUCGGGUGAGCACGACGACCUGAUUGAGAAGCAGAGCGACGCCAGCGGCGACAUCGCCGCGCUCCCAUCGCAGCAGACAUCGGGCAGGCGUGAAUCGACGCAGGACGGGAGGGACAAGGGAGGGAGCGACAAGUGGGUCAUCCCGUGGCCUCGCUUCGCCCUGCUGCCGCCGACGUGCUGCAAGUGGGUCCUCCCGUUUUCCAUCGGGCUGAGCACGGGGGUGGUGCUGGUGGGCAUUGGCAUCGGCAUCGUGUGGUGGCUCGCAGGAGGUGGCACCCCCGUCCACCCCCAGCACGAGCACCCGGUGGGCAGCACGGCGGGCAGCAUGAAGGGGCAGAGCGAUGCGGGGAUAAUGGCGACCCUGAGGGACGAUGCCCUGACGCUCAACGCCCUCAUGCUCGACUUCAUGGAGCAGCUCAACCGCGACCUCGACGUCAUCAUUUCGGGCACACGUGACAUUGAUGAGGUCAUCUAGAUGGCUCAGAGAGGGGCUGGCCGUCCGUCAUGUGGAUGCCCCCAAUGCCUAGGUUCCUGUAGGUGUAGAGUAGGGGAGGGGGGAUGGCACGGCGCCGAGAACAGCCGACGAGUGGUUUAUUUUCUUAGAGUGUUGUGUUGUGUUGUGUCAGCGAGUUUCGAUGGGGAUGGUGGUGCAUGGGAUGAUGCCAUACGUGCGCCUCGUGCCCUGCCCCUCUCACCUUCCUCACCCCCUCAACCCACCCACCCACCCCACCUCACCUCACCUCACCUCACCUGCCUAGCCAACGCGUGGAUGCAUGUAUCUGCCUUCCGCGCUGCUGUAGUAUACUCUCGCUGCCUGCUUGCCCGACUGCCUGCUUGUUUUUUGUCCUUGCUGCCUUUUAACACAACACCGUCGAUGAAGGGCCAGCGGGCGGUGAGUGUGUGUUGUGUGUCGUGCAUUUCCGUGGCUGCCAGGCGGCUGACGAACAGAGAGACACAGGUCGCCUUUCUUGGUGCUGCUUCAUUGCUGCAGUGCACUGUGGUGCAAUGCAAUCUUGUGUGUGAGAAUUUGUACGCCCUGCCCGGCACGAGAGAGGGAGGCAGAGGCGAUCGACGGAUGGACGGAUGGCUGCCUCUCAGAGGUGGGUGUGUUGUGUAUGCUGUAUGUGUCUCCAUGUGUUUGUAGUGUACACUAGAUAGAGUUGCUGCCUGAUCAGUUCAUCCAUCGGUGUGGGUGUGGUCGACUUGCCGUGACAAUUUUUCCAUGUGUGUGGUCGUUAUGAUGGUCAUCAAAAUGCUCGUCGAUUAAGAGGU